GUAGUCUCUGUUAAGUAUUAAGUGGGGGAGGGGCGCCAAGUUAUGAUUCAUAUAUCGCUGUCCUGGGCUUGGAAUUUAGUCUGUGACUAAUUCAAACUUAACCCAAGACCGUUGUCAAGAACCAUAUUGCCUGGUGUUUAUUAUAAAAUUAAGCAAAUAGUUAUACCGUUUGAAUCCGGAAUCAUCGCAAUGGUCCUCGAAACAGCACCUCACAAUUGGUAUAGAGAUGAGUUUCUAGUCUCAACCGAACCGCUGCUCGUUCAAGUUGAUGCAGUCAAUGAAGCGCUGAACUCGGAUCUGAUGUGGUGGGCACAGGGGCUGCCACGGGACAUAAUCAAAAAGGCGCUUCAUAAUUCUCUGUGUUUUGGACUAUACGUGCUUCCUAAAUCCACUUCGGAGAUGGCUGGCCAAAGCAGCCCCAAGCAGGUCGGGCUUGUGAGAGUGGUGACUGAUGAUGUCACAUUCGCAUAUCUUACUGAUGUAUACAUCUUGCCUGAGUAUCAGGGGAAAGGCCUCGGCCGUUGGAUGAUGGAGUGUCUCAACGAAGUUAUCCAAGGCUGGACACAUCUACGGCGGUUUAUGUUCUUGACUAGCGAUAGGAUGGAUCUAUAUCGCAAAUACCUCGGCGCUAAGGAUUGGCACGAGUGUGAUACGAAGGGCAUUUCUAUCGGGUUGAUUGAGGGACCUGCAGCUCAGCAUCCAAAACAUGCCUAGCACAGUCCGAG